AUGGCUCGCCGUCCCGCUCGUUGCUACCGAUACUGCAAGAACAAGCCGUAUCCCAAGUCUCGGUUCAACCGUGGUGUCCCCGACCCCAAGAUCCGAAUCUUCGAUCUUGGCCGAAAGCGCGCCAACGUCGAUGACUUCCCUCUCUGCAUCCACCUCGUCUCCAACGAGUAUGAGCAGCUGAGCUCCGAGGCCCUCGAGGCCGCCCGUAUUUGCGCCAACAAGUACCUCGUCAAGAACACCGGUAAGGAGGGUUUCCACCUCCGAGUCCGUGCUCACCCCUUCCACGUCGUCCGUAUCAACAAGAUGUUGUCUUGCGCCGGUGCCGAUAGACUGCAGACCGGUAUGCGUGGUGCCUGGGGCAAGCCCAACGGCACUGUCGCCCGUGUCAACAUUGGCCAGAUUCUCAUGAGCGUCCGCACUCGUGAUGCCAACCGCGCCAUUGCCCUUGAGGCUCUCCGACGAUCCCAGUACAAGUUCCCUGGCCGACAAAAGAUCAUUGUCUCCAAGAACUGGGGCUUCACCCCUCUCCGACGUGAGGAGUACCUCGAGAAGAAGGCUGCCGGCCGCGUCAAGGUCGACGGUGCUUACGUCCAGUUCCUCUCCAACCACGGCAACCUCGCCAACAACAUGCGCCGCUUCCCCGACGCUUUCAAGUCUGAGGCUUAA